AUGCUUACCUUCCUUCAUGCUAUAUUCAAUAUUCAAUCCCGAGAUCUCCUACUUAUUCCGAUUAUCCUUAUGCUAGUAGCUACCCUAGCUGGGCAGACAGUUUUACAGAAAGCCCAACAAGGGACUCGAAUGGAAACUUAUAUGGACGCAAAAAGAAAGAUGGGACACCAGAUAUGAGAUUCAAAGAAAAAUUAUGCUUAG